UAGCUGGGGCCAUGCAAUGAACCAAACAGAUGCUUGGUAUGCUGGCUGUAGUAAUUUUUGUCUGUGAUCCCAGCAUUAAGGAGGCUGAAGAAGGAGGCUGCCCUGGGUAUCAAACCAGCUCUCAUUACAGAGGCCGCAGACUGACCUGCCUGUCAGUCAAGGCGUGUUUUCUAGACUCUCCCCUUCAUCCCCCGAAAAAGAGUGAAUUAAUGCAGAAGACUUCGAACAUUGCAGUACUCGUGGCAGGUGAAGUUCUCUGUGAUCAUUUGUAAAAAAAAAGAAGAAGAAAUCCCGACAUCCUCCUGGACAGGAAUUGAAGGAUAAAACACCAUGGAUCUAGUGUACAUUCCCGAAGACUUAUCCAGCUGUCCAAAGCUUGGGAACAAAACCUGCCCUCCCACCAAUCGCUCUUUCCGUGUCCGUGUGAUAAUGUACUCCUUUAUGACGGGAGCCAUGGUUAUCACCAUCUUCGGGAACUUGGUGAUAAUGAUUUCCAUCUCACAUUUCAAACAGCUCCACUCUCCCACCAACUUCCUCAUCCUCUCCAUGGCAACCACGGACUUCCUGCUGGGUUUCGUCAUCAUGCCUUACAGCAUGGUGAGAUCAGUGGAGAGCUGUUGGUACUUCGGGGACAGCUUUUGCAAAUUCCACGCCAGCUUCGACAUGAUGCUCAGCCUGACCUCCAUCUUCCACCUGUGCUCCAUUGCCAUCGACCGGUUUUAUGCGGUGUGUUAUCCUCUGCACUACACCACCACCAUGACGGUGUCCAUGAUCAAGAGACUGCUGGCCUUUUGCUGGGCGGCCCCAGCUCUUUUUUCUUUUGGCUUAGUUCUCUCAGAGGCCAAUGUUUCUGGUAUGCAGAGCUACCAGAUUCUUGUCGCCUGCUUCAAUUUCUGUGCACUUACGUUCAACAAAUUUUGGGGGACGAUACUAUUCACUACCUGCUUCUUCACGCCUGGCUCCAUCAUGGUUGGUAUUUAUGGGAAAAUUUUUAUUGUUUCCAAACGACAUGCUCGAGCCCUCAGCAGUAUGCCCGAGAACACAAAAGGAGAAGCAAGGAAAAACCUGUCUAAGAAAAAGGAUAGGAAAGCAGCUAAGACCCUGGGCAUCGUCAUGGGGGUAUUUCUAGUGUGUUGGUUGCCUUGCUUUCUGGCUGUUUUGAUUGACCCGUAUUUAGACUACUCCAUACCCAUCAUAGUGCUCGAUCUUCUGGUCUGGCUUGGGUAUUUCAACUCUACUUGCAACCCCCUCAUCCAUGGCUUUUUCUACCCGUGGUUCCGCAAAGCUCUUGAGCAUAUCCUGUCAGGAAAAAUAUUUCUUUCCAAUUCAGAAACUGCAAACCUCUUUCCUGAAGCACACUAAGAAAAAAAAUAAACCACUAUGAAUCUGAAUCAAAUACAGGAAGUAACACUAUUUUGAUCCUUACAAAUCCAGGUAUGGUGGUUUGAAUGAGAAUGCCCCUGUUAAACCACAUGUUUGAAUACUUGGUCCCAAUUAGUGAAACUGUUUUGAGAGGAUUAAGAGGCGUGGCCUGGCUGGAGGAGUGUCACUGGGGGUGGGCUUUGGGUUUCCAAUAGCCCAGCCAUUCCCAGUUAGGUCUCUCUCUGUGUCUAGAGCUUGUGCACCAAGAUGUGAACUCUCAGCUACUGUUCUAGGGGCAUGCCUGGCUGCCUACUGCCAUGCUCGCCCUUUGAAACUGUGAGCCCCCAAUAAACCGUUUCUUCUAUAAGUUGCCUUGGUCAUGGUGUCUCUUCACAGCAGUAGAAUAGUGACUAAGGUACCAGGUCACGGCAAACACUGGUCUAUCCAUGACGUUUCAGCAACUGCAGCUCUGUGAGCUACCAAAGCUCCUUCCCAUGAUUUUAACUGGUUAAUCGAGACAUUCAUUGGCUAAUUAAGUCUGCAUCCAGAGUGCAGUUAUCUCUGACUGCUAAAAAACAACAAUAAAAAACCAUACAGAAGAAAUAUGAAGUGUCAUAUACCCACAAGACGAAGACUGACUUCAAAAUUAAGAAUUUAAAGUGCUAUCAGUUUUGGAUUCUGUCUAAUUGUGCUUAGAAAUUCAAGGGAAGAUUGGUAAGAUUCUUCAGAGCUCUUAGCGAACUGCUUUAUUUGACACAAUUCUCUUAAAUACCUUAGCUCCGAUAUAGGUGCUGGUUUCCUCUCUGACCUUCUCCACCCAUCCUAGACAGAUUGCAUUAAGGAUCCCCUUUGCCCAGGGUUUCCAUAACAUUUACCAGUGGGAAACAGGAGGAGGGGGUCAGUGGGUAGAGGAUGAGUGAAAGGAGCCAAGCUUUCCACAUAGGUAUCUUCCUGCAAAUCUGCCCCAGGGCUGGCCGUAGUCCUCAGGACAGGCCAUCCGGUGUCCACACAGCCACCUGUGGAAAUUCCGCUACUGGGCCCUUCCAUUGCCACUCUGGUCCAGCAUGAAUGCCAAACAGCCAUUGGCUUUUGGUACCAGACUGUUUCUUGCUGUUUCCCUUAAACCAGUGGCUACGUUUGGCUUUGUAAAUAGUUAAAUGUUCCUCAAGCUGCAGGGUGGUGGCACUAUUUGUUCCCUGUGGAACAUCUCAGGAACUGGGCUUCUCGCUGUGCCAAGGGCAAGUUUUGAAAGUCCUCCCACAGGGAGCCCGUUCUGUGUUGCCUGCACUUUUCUGUGAGCACGCUUUCCCGAACCGAGCCCACGAGAAUGGAUUAAUAUCCUAAGGGUUGAAACCCACAGACACAGGAGACCGGCUCAUUCACCAAAAGAGC